UGAGUAGUACAUUUUGUCAUCAUCAAUGUUCACGCAGUGUCAGAAAUCUCAUUCCCAACUCUCAAUUAUUUGUAGAACCGGUCAGAUCUUACCAUUCACAAUAUCAACCCUUUCACACUGCAUAGUUGCAUUAUUCUAAGCCCCUUUGAUCAAAAUCUAAGCAUGGUAGUUGAGUGGAAAGGAGAAUAUCAUUUUGGACAGCUGCCUUUCCCCAGAUUGCAUGUUUACAAACUCAAACGUGAGACUCUUUGCGCACUUGUUUUUUCUUCACGACAAAAAGAUUGAGGAUCCGGGUUUGUAGUGUAAAGAAAAUGGAAGAUUAUGAGUUUGUCAAGGAUAUCGGGGCUGGGAGUUUCGGUUUCGCAAGGCUUAUGAGGAACAAGGAAACUCAAGAACUGGUUGCCAUGAAGUUCAUUGAAAGAGGACACAAUAUAAAUGAGGAUGUUGCCCAAGAGAUCAUUAAUCAUAGAUCACUCUGGCAUCCAAGUAUAAUAAAAUUCCAGGAGGUGAUACUUACACUUACCCACCUUGUGAUUGUGAUGGAAUAUGCUGCCGGAGGAGAACUCUUCCAACGCACCAUAGAUGAAGGGAGAUUCACCGAAGAUGAGGCUCGAUACUUCUUCCAGCAGUUAAUAUCAGCCGUAAGAUAUUGCCAUCACAUGGAAAUAUGCCAUGGGGACUUGAAGCUGACCAAUUCUCUGUUGGAUGGAAGCUAUGCACCAAGACUGAAAAUAUGUGAUUUUGGCUUCUCGAAGACAUAUCUGCUUCAUUCAAAACCUAAAUCAAUUGAUGGCACUCUGCGAUACAUUUCUCCAGAGAUUCUUUCUGGUACAGAGUAUGACGGCAAGUCGGCAGAUGUUUGGUCAUGUGGAGUGACAUUAUAUGUCAUGCUAUUUGGUGCAUACCCAUUUGAAGAUGAAAAGGAGCCUGAAAAUUUUGAGAAAACUACACAGCAUAUACUGGGUGCCCAGUACAAGAUCCCUGCUAACAUUCCCAUAUCUGAAGAAUGCAAGCAUAUCCUUUCUCGCAUCUUCACUUCUCCAGCGAGUAGGAGGAUCACGAUACAAGAAAUCCAUAACCACCCAUGGUUUUUAAUUAACUUGGCCCGGGAGCUAACUGUUAAAAACCAAGCCAUAUACUACAGUAGAGACGACCCAGUUUUCCUCCAGAGUGUAGAGAGCAUCAUGGAGAUCGUGGAACAAGCCAGGAAGCCUGCAGUGCAAUCUCCUCCAGUUUCCAGUUCGAUUGAAAGGUUUGGAUGGGCAGAAAAAGAAAACAAUGAAGACCAAAAAGGAAAUGUGAAACUCGAGGUGGAGGAAGAAGAUGAGUAUGAGGUGGCGGAAGAAAAGGAGUAUGAUGAGAAAGUGAAGGAGGUAUACAGAUCGAAGAGUUUGUCAGUAUCCGGUGUGGUGAGAUUAGCAGAAAGGUCCCUAGUACCAAACAAGUUCCACUCUGAUCAUACAGAUCCAUCACCACUUGCAGCUACAACUGUUGAUCAAUCAAUUUAUGGUUUGCGUAUGCCUGAAAGGUCUAUAGUCACAAACCAAAUACAUUCCUCUCAUUCAGAAUCAGCAGUCUCCCAGUCAGAAACUUAUGCAGAAAAGGGUAAAAAUUCAAUACAAGGGGAUUCAACAAUGUAUGUGCGUUCGGCCGAAAAGUCUAUUGAGUCGAACGUAUCACAUUUUUAUCAGUCACAUCCAUCAGCAUCUCAGUCCACAAGAUUUGCAGGAAAUCCUAGGAAUUCAAAUAUAAAAAAUUCAUCUAUUUCUAGUGUGCGUCCGUCUGAAAAGUCUAUAAAGUCAAAUGUAUCACAUCCCACAGAAGCAUCAGAGUAUCUAAUGCAAUCACUAGAUUUUGCCUCCCAACUAUCAGAUAAUCCAUCAAUAUCUGAUGUGCGCAGCGCAGAGAAGUCUGUAGUACUUGAGCAAUUGCAUUCCUAUCAAAAUUUAUCAACUUCUAAGCUGCAUGCUCCAGGUCAUGCAGAAGAUCCCAUAGAUUCAAAAGUUCUAUCUUCUGUUGACUCUGCACAAAUUGGGAAUUUAGAUUUAUCCAUCUAUAACGUACAUUCAGCAGAAAAGCCUCUACCCUCCUGUUUCCACUUUGAUUGGAGGGGUUGGAUGGGAAAAGGAAGAGCAAAAUGAUUACCGAGAAGAGAAUUUGGAACUUGAGGUGGUGUACAAAGAUGACUACGGAUUUUAAGAUUCAGAAGUUUAUGAAAAUAAGAAAGUCAAGUAGGCAAACAAAUUGAAGACUUAUCUGAUACAUGAUGUUCUAGUUGUUGUACAGAACAUGUUUAUUUCUUGCAUACAAAUUAUGUGGUAUCAAUAGGCAAGUAAAAUUCUUUUGUGUUGUGGACACGAAAUGUACUUCUCUAUGAUUAUGCCUCUCAAAGUGUUGAGUAUCUCAGUUACAGGUUUCAUUUCAAAGUGGCCCGUGGAGGUAGGCUGUUAAUAUUGGACUUCUGAGCAUCGAUUCUCUCCUGGUAAAGAGAAGCAAAGUUGCUGGACUCAAACAAUGAUGCCACGGAUCAUGAACUAAACACAGAAAUUACUGACAAAUAAUAAGUAAUCGAACCAGAAAUAGAAACAGUUGCAGAAGAAUUUGCCCAGUAGCCUUUACACUGGAAGAUGGCGUUUGUAGAGUUUGGUUGAGAUGUUAAUAUGAAAUUUGUGUUCUCUGUUGAGAUGCUUCCGGAAAGAAUAUUUGUACCAUCAUUGUCUAGUGUGCUGAGAUCACAGUUCGAUUCUGAUCAUACAGAUCCAUCAACCAUCUCAUCGGCUUGGCGCUAAUUUUUUAUUUAUCAAUCCAUGUUUAGUAUAUGCGUUUUUACUCAAACUGAUCCAUCCACAUCAGAGUCAAUAAGUCUCUAAGUUCUUAUUUAUUUGUAUUACAAGUUUACAACUACUCGCGUAUAUCUUCAUACAAUCUAUAACCACAAUUAUUGAUGAAAGAAAAUUCUUAGUGCUAACACAGA